AAACACAGCAGUUGGUCAAAAGUAAAAGGCAAAGCGAAUUGUGGCGCAGCCUAGGAAGGUUCGCCAUGUGACUGUCACGCACUCCCCCAUUUUUCCACCUACAAAACCCCUUCCACCCCGUCCUGUCAGUCUCACUUCACAAACUGCAAUUCAUCCUCAAAACUUCCUCUCUCUCUCUCUCUCUCACUCUCAUCCAUUCAUCAUACAAAUCCUCAUCAACCAAUAUGUGUGGCGGUGCUAUCAUCGCUGACUUCAUACCCCGCCGAGGAGCUCGCCGCCUCACGGCCUCCGAGCUCUGGCCUAACUCAUUCGCCACCGACUUAGAUUAUUCUCAUAAACAGUCCUCCACCCUCAAAAGAUCACACCCUUUCAAAGUUAAUGAGCAAGUGGAGAAGCCGGUGAAAAGGCAGCGGAAGAAUCUCUACAGAGGGAUUCGGCAGCGUCCUUGGGGAAAAUGGGCUGCGGAGAUUCGCGAUCCUAGAAAAGGAGUUCGUGUCUGGUUGGGGACCUUCAACACUGCAGAAGAAGCUGCUAGAGCUUAUGACCAAGAGGCUCGAAAAAUCCGCGGCAAGAAAGCCAAGGUGAAUUUCCCCAACGAAGACGACGAGUAUUCCAUUCAAGCUCGUGCUACCAAUAAUCAACACCUUCCUUUCCGACCCCAACCCCAGAACCCUCCUCUGUAUCAACAGCAAUACCCUUGCAAUGUCAAUAAUGCCCCUACAAACCUCAACUUUGAGUUUGGUUAUGAUCUCAACCAAACUGGGCCUUUUCCUUCCCCCGUGGAAGCUGUCAACACUGACUCCUUUGUUGUUUCUGGCGAUGAAAAUUCCGAUUAUGGAACUGGGUCAGGGUUAGGGUCUGGUUCGGAGGGUGCCUAUUCGACGACGGAGUUCAUGGGAACAAGUCAGAAUGGGAACGGUUUUUUGGGAGGUGCGGUGGAGGCAAAUGAGAAAAAGCCACAAGUGAUUGAAGCUCAAGAUGGUAAGAACACAGUGCAGGAGCUAUCCGAGGAAUUGAUGGCGUACGAAAAUUACAUGAAGUUUUAUCAGAUUCCGUACUACGACGGACAAUCGACGCCGCCGAAUAAUGUUCAGGAAAGCGUGGUCGGGGAUCUCUGGAGCUUCGAUUAAUGAUGAUUUUCUUUUCGUGCUUUUAUUAUGUUUCUUCGUCAAUGCUGUGAAAGCUUCUCCCCAUUCUCCUGACUAACAUCUCUGCGUUUUUGCAGGGUGGGUUGAAAUGUAAAUUGGGUCCUUGGGUAGAAUUAGAUGUCGUUUCAUGAGUUUCGAACUUUUUUUGUUGAUUUAAUAUUAAUUUGUUUGUUUUUGGAAUUUAGGGUCAUUGUCUAGUUUUGUUGAUUUUUAAUUUUUCUUUUGGUGGUACUGUUAUGUUGAACUGUAUUAUUACCAGAUAAAUUUAACAUUGUUUGAAUUCCGAUUACAUUUUUUCUUUCG